AUGCCACGGAGUGCGAACUAUCCGUUCUUCCCCGGGAGCCUACCAAACUUUACUUUCCCGCCCCUACCUCCCGGCUUCCCGAGCCCCGAUAAAGGUGGCGCCCCGAUCCCCUUCCCCAUGCCACCGGGGAUGCCUGGAGUGCCGGGGCCACCGGGGCUGCCAGGGCCGGCGCCGGUGCCGAUGCCGAUGCACAUGCCGAUGAUGCCCAUGCCACUACCGGGUCCCGCUCACAAGGUGCCCGUCAUCGUAAUGCCAUUUUACUCCCCAGAAGGGGCCAGGAAACCAGCACCUGGCGGCCCCAGACAUAAAAAAAGGCGAGUACACGUAAAUAAAAAAAGAUUUCCCCCGUAUCACUCUGAAAGCGAUACGGACACUGAUACGGGAACAAGCGAGACUGACGACUCUAGAUAUUCUUCAAGCGACACUUCCUCGUCAGAUGGAGGGGGGGCGUGGUGGGGUGGCAGGAGAAGUGGUGGACGCUUCGGCGGUAAGCAUGCGCAUCAGCGGAGGAGGCAUAAGGCCAAUGCAGACUUUCUUACACCGAUCAUUCAGUAUGUGACCAAGGAUGGGUAUGUCAUAUUUGAAAAGAAAAUAAGCAAAGAUCAGGCGAGCGAUUGGCUACAAGAGAAGAAGGAGAGGAAUGGUAGAGAAUACAACAAACCCCCAAAAGAUGAAAAUAAAUCGAAAAAUGAAGAAGAGGAAGCACUUCAAGAAUACGACAAUGCCACCACGGAAACUGCAAAACGAAGAAACGCUAAUGCAAAAGCAAUCAGUGAAAUUGAAAAAAUAAAAGGCAGGAUGCAUAAAACUCCUCACCGUCAUCAGCCGAAGAAACUAGCCAGGAAAGAAAAG